AGCAGCCACUCUAAUCACCAGUCGGUCGACUCAGUCCCGAUCAGUGCGAAAAACAUCGAGCAAUGCCGAGUCUUCUCGUAUACGAGACAACACGUGUUUAUUGUGUUUACACGGUGUGUCAUCUCGAUUAAAUUAGAGCAUCGUGGUCAGAUUACGGCAUAGGUACAUAUGGUGUUACGUUACUCAGUGUGGUUUUUUAGUGACACCCUCCACUCUCUUAUUGGAUAUAUUAACAGCUUUUAUUACGGAUCUAACGAACAAGGAUUAAAAACAUGGAUCUAGGUGACAGAGUUUACGCCGCGGAACGGAUUAUAAAGAAGAGGGAAAAGCGGGGCAAAGUAGAGUACUUCGUAAAAUGGAAAGGAUGGAGCAAAAAACACAACACAUGGGAACCCGAAGAAAACAUUUUAGACGUCAGGUUAAUUGAAUUAUACGAAGAAAGUCAAAAAGGUGGAGAUGUGACUGCAAGGAGACCUAGGCGGAGGGAUACUAGAUAUAACGAACACGUUUUGGCUAACUUGGUCGUCGAGGAAGAGCCCGGCGGAGACGAGAGAGUUGGAGAAGAUAGUCAAGACGAAUCAACUAUCGGUAGCACCUCCGCGCCUCGCCUAAAUCCCGUUGCACCUGACGAAGAUACGCUUCCGAGUUCCGUCGAUGGGCACGAAUCGCCAACAGCCCCAGAAUUAUCUGCAUCCGCGUUCAGUGUUGAUUCAGAUUGUUCCAAUAGUAGUAUAGACAGUCCUCUACUGCCUAGGAGAGAACCGACUGGUACGAAAAGAAAGGCCGAGGUUCUCAGCAAAGAAUCGGGAAAAAUUGGUGUUACCAUUACUACGAGCAGUCCAAGCAGUGGUAGUGGAAGUCCUCCUCCAAACAAAAUACCUCGACUAUUGCCCCUGAAGAGUAAUCCAACGUCUCCCUCUUAUCACAGUCACAAGGUAAACGGCAGGAGGCCGUCAUCGUCAAGCGUGAAGUCGACACCGGAGGAACCGCUGCCAGCGGUGCCGACGACACCAGCUCCAGCGGUGCAAGAGAAAAAGCGUGCCGAAGCUGACGUGCCUCACGGUCCUCCACCCUCGCUGCCGCGUGCACCGCCAGCACCUCUCUCCCCUCAGAUAGACACGCCUUUGGAACAGCCUACCAAAAAGAGGCACUUGUCUGAGCAAAAACAAGAGAAGUCGAACGGAGCUGUGACAGUAGACGCGAACGGUCACAAGUCACCUAGCCCUACGGAUUCAUAUACAAACAACAACAGGUUACCGACCGUCGUCAAUGGGCAUCAUAGUCAUAACAAUAGCAACAAUCAUAACAACAGUAAUAGCAACAAUAGCAAUACAUCGAGCGUAAAGCAAACGGAAAUCUCGAAGACCGACAUGUAUGUCCCUCUUUCAAGUCCUGGUACGGACUACUGGCACGCGCGGAAUCCAGUUGCCGAUCAGGUGUUCAUUACAGACGUGACGGUAAAUUUGAAGACCGUUACCAUCAGGGAGUGCAAGACUGAAAAAGGAUUCUUCCGGGAAAGGGAUCCAAAGAGCGAUAUCUAUUAACGAUCUUUAAAUAAGGACGCUUUAACGCGAAUUUCUAAUACUGAACCAGCUUGUAAAUAUAAAUUAUUUUCACACGUUGAA